CUCACCUCCGCCGCCGUCGCCUCCCGGAUCUUCCCAUGGCGUCGGAGAAGAAGCAGGCGAACCCGAUGCGGGAGAUCAAGGUCCAGAAGCUCGUGCUCAACAUCUCCGUCGGCUUGAGCGGUGAUCGCCUCACCCGCGCGGCCAAGGUGCUCGAGCAACUGAGUGGGCAGUCACCGGUGUUCUCCAAGGCGAGGUACACUGUGAGGUCAUUCGGCCUUCGCCUCCGCCCUCCUCUCCCUCCCCUUUCCGCACCUUCUCACCCACCCGCGCGCCCGCCUCCUCCUCGCCGCCUCGGAGCUCGCCCGCGUGGCGGCAGCGGGGUUCGUGCCCCUCCUCGGCUCCCUCCUCCGCCGCCAUCCGUUCCCCGGCGACGCUCGCUUGCUCGAGCUUUUCACCGAGCACGCCUCCUUCCUCGCCGACGAGGAGCCCCAGCUCCUAGCCUCCGCCGUCCUCGCCUUCCUCCGCCUCCUCGCCAGGAACCGCCUCGCUCCGGUCCUGAGCAGCGGUGAGUGCAAGGAUUGUGAAGAGUGCAAGAGCGCCAAGACCCUUGAAGAAUGCAGGGGAAGGCUGGUGUCUUUCUGCGUCUCCAUGCUGCGGGAUCACUUCCAAGUGUGUGCAUUGAUCGGAAGGGACCUUGUGAGGUCGCUCCAUGAGCUGGCGCUCGUGCCGGAGUUUCAGCCACUUUGGAGAGACCAUAUUCCGCACUGUGUCGGUGAUGUCUGCCGGAUCAGCACACCUGGUUGGUGCAUGGCUAUGGCCAUCACGCCGGAGAUGGAGACACAGCUCUUGUUCAUGAUGAACAAUGUGAAGUGGGGGGAUCAGAAGAGGUACCAGCUCUGGUUUGCGAUGAAGCACCUGAUGGUGCCCGGAGGGGAGGAGAGGAUCCCUGACAUUGUGCGGUUCAUAUGCUGCAGGUACCACCCAACAAAUGAGGUCAUUCAGUCUGGUGUUAUUGUCCGUUGGGCGGUCAUAGGCUGGCUGCUGACGGGUUGCAGCAAAGGCUAUGUGGUGGCGAAUGCGAAGCUGGCACUGUUCUAUGACUGGUUGUUUUUUGAGGAGGGAAUCGGAAGGGGUAGUGUCAUGAAUAUCGAGCCUGCAAUGCUCUUGAUGGUGAACUUGGUGUCUCAGUAUACGGAUAUUACAAACAUGCUGCUUGAGUUCUUGUUUCUUCUAAUUGAGAACUAUGAUGUGAGGAGGAAGGAAGCAAUUGCUCAUUGUGUGAGGAGUGCGUUUGGGGUGCUGGUAAAGAAACGGGUGAUCCCAUCGUUGGAGCCAUUGACAUGUUGUGAGAAGUUAUCACCAUUGCUGAGGCAGAAGCUUGUGGCGUUUUUAAGUAGCUCUAAUCCUGGAGCAGCUGAAGAUUCCUGUGGGAAAUCAACUGAUGUAGUUUCUAAGGAAACAGAGUUGAAGAAGAGUGUUUGCUCAAGCUAGACCUAUGAAUUAAUGG